CACCUCGUGUCAACUGAGGGUUGACGGAGCGCGGCACGAGACACGAUGCGCGCGCAUUGUUCGGUUGUCGUUAUAUUCCCUCAGUUUACAAGAGCGUUAUUUCUGUAGUAAUACCACAGCACAAAUUGAUAUUAUCAUUCAUUUAAUAAGAAGUUAGACGUCUGAAAUGAGAUAUGGUGAUUCACAAAUCUCAGUAGAGGCGGAUGAUCAAAGGUUGACCUGUCCACGAUUUUUUCACGUCUCUGUCUCAAAUGAAGUCGGAUUUAUGCUCCGGAUUUUCCGCAUUCCUGUUUGUGUAACACCUUUCCCUAAAUGAAUGGAAAUCAACCUGCAUUCGACGCCUUAUAGCGCCAUUUAGCUCAAAUAAAUAUCUGAACUGGGAAUGAUCAACCUGUGCACCAGUGGAUCUCAGUGAAAGGUUCUGGUCCUGCUGUGUUUGUUUAUGUGCGCGUUACAAUGAGCUGGGCUGCGGAGGACUGGACCUCAGGGCUUUCCGGCCUGGUCCUGAAGAAAGUUCAGGAGCUUCAAGUGCACAAUGAGAAGCUGAUCCGAGAGAGACAGCAGCGACAACUCCAGCUGGACAACUCGGAAGCAGCACUACACAAACAGAAGCAAAAGUAUGAGGAGGUGCGUGUGGAGCUGGGAGCGGUUCAGAGGGAGCUGGUGGGAGUGCGAGAGCAGACGCAGGGAGAGACGCGGGCAAGGGAUCGCCUGACCCAGGAGCUACAGGCCAAAGUGGCUCAGGUGUGCACUCUAGAGGGCCAGCUGGACUCGUCAAGGACUCUCGUGCAGAACCUCACACAGGAGGUUAAACGGCUUGAGGCAGAGCUGGAAAAGCUGCAAAAAGAAAGUGUCUUAGGGGACUCCAUGUUGUUUUCCACACCCUGCUGGAACAUGAACUCACCCUGGGACCAAAGCGGUAAGAGCAGUCUCAGAGGAGAGGACGUCAGCAAAGCCCGACAACAGCUACGUUUUGGAGAUGGCACCAAGCCCUCAGUGAGUGGUGUUUCAUCUCCGUUUCCUCAGCAACCACACAGAACGCCGCCACUCAGGCGCAAAAUCAACCAAUCUGAGGCUCGCCCCUCAUCCUCUGUGUUUCCGUGGGAACGGGAUGACACAAGGUCCACUCCCAGGGACAAAGCAGCAUCCACCCACACCUCCUCCUCCUUCACUUGCAGUGAUGUCAUUACUGAAACUGGUGCACCGGACGAUGGGAUUGAGGAAGCACUGAGGAAAGAGGUAGACGGGCUGCGUGUACGCGUCUCUGGGCUGCAGCAGGAGCUGCAGCUGGAAAAAGAAUGCUGCAGGGAGUCCGAGUCUCGUCUUGCUCAAGCUCAGAAAGAGCUUAACUUGAACGAGCAGAAUCUGAUACGCACCAGAGAUGAGUUGGCCCGUGCGCACACACGCAUCAUGCAGGAGGGGGACAGGGCUCAGGCAGCUGAACAGCGGGUGAAGCAGCUACAGGAGGAGCUGAAGUGUCAGAGGCAGAAUGCAGAGACCAGCCGCUGCAAUGCCGAGCAACGCAGGAAAGACAUGGAGAGAGAGCACCAGAGAGAGCUGUUAGAACUGCAGAGAGAGAGGCAGUCUAUGGAGAAGCAGCACCAACAGGAGAAUAACAGACUCAACCAAGAGAUCCAGCAAGCCAGGACACAACACAACACACUACAGUCACAAUAUGAUAAACUGGCUCUGCAGAAGCAGGCUGUAGAGAGGGACCUGGAGGGAGUGCAGGGCAAGCUGAAGAGCACACAGAGUGAUCUAACAGAGAGCCAAAAGCGAGAGGCUCUCACACAGGCAAAACUCACAGAGUCACUGAAGGAAAACGAGGGAUUGAGUGUGUCACUGGAACAGUUGAAGAAGAGAGAGAAAAGCCUGGAGGCAGAGGUGAAAAGACUGACUGAGGAGUUAGCUGAAGCACUGAAACUCAUUAAAGAGCUGGAGGCCCAACUUGCAGCUCCUCCUCCACAAGUGGUGUCUCGUCCGGUUGCUGGGGACAAUUUCAGUCCUGGUCUGUCCACUUAUCCAGGUUACUCUCCACCUCACCACCACUCAUCCCAGAGAAAGAGAACACUAAAAACUGAGAAACCAAAAAUAUCGGACGGGCCAGAGCCCUUAACCUAUCCUUCUGAGAGAGAACCUGGCGAGGGGAUUGACUCUGAGCACAUCAGCAAAUUUGGCUCUGAGUACUCUCCCCCAGUGAGCAUCAGUGUACAAGAAGGGAAUCGGUGUGGAGCAGAAAGAUCUAGUGAGGCAGAGAUGGAAAGCUCCGUUACCGAACAAGACACAGGGAUAGAAGAUACAGACACAGACUCAUGCAUGUCUGAUUCAAUCAGUGAGCAUAUGUUUAAAGAUGAUAUCCGUUGUGACUCAGGAAACCAAAAGUCAAGCUCUUCAAAUCAGGGACAGAAAUGGGACUCGUCUUCUUCUGUGGAGUUAAAGAAAGAGAAUUCAGCUCUCCGGGAUGAACUCAGGGACAUUAAGCGGGAGUUAGAUCAACGUCUGGAAGACCUCGAGACUCAAAGACGGGCAGAAGCUGAGGCCAGGACCAAACUGAAGCAACUAAGCAAAAAGCACUCGAGCCAGGCCGAGCAGCAUCGCACAAAAGCCCAGGAGUUUAAAGAGAAAGGAAGCAAACUGGAGGCACAGCUGGAGCAAGAGAGGAAGGAGAGUGCAAGACUCAGGGAAGUGGUAACUAAUUUGGAGAAGGAGGCUGCAAAAAGAAAGGAAGAAGGUGAGAGAGAAGAGGAAGAAAGCAAAGAGGAGACUAUCAAACUCAAAGAGGCUUUGGCACAGAUGGAAAGAAAGGAGGAACAUAUUGAAAAAGAGAGGGAGAAAAUGUGCAAGGAGCUAGAGGUGCUUCAGUCUGAGCUUUUGCAGGAACGUGAGGAGAGAGAGAGGGAACGAGAAGAGGAGAAGAAACUACGCAAAACUUAUGAAGUUGAAGGACUAAAGAUUGCAGUACUUCAAGCAGAGUUGGACCGGCUACAAAGUUCUGCCACAGUGGAGGACAAGAAUGUAAACACCAACAUGCCUUUAACCUAUCUGCAGCUUGAAAACCAACCAAACAUCACAAACGAUGUUACAGCAUUAGAAAAUGAGGUUACUUCAUCUCUCAGUUUCUUCUGUGAGUCAGUGAACCUUCAGAACACCAUGUUCUCCAAGGAAUCAGAAACAUCCUUGAUUACAGAAUGUGGAACUGGGAUUAAACCUGGGGAACAUUCUCCGGUAGAACAGGACAGUACUUCAACAGGAAAUCUGGAGGAUCACACAAAGACCACAGAAGGCAUGAACUUGGAUGACACUACCAUUUUGGUAUUGGAGGUGGAGCGUAUGCGAGUACAGAGAGACAGGGAAGCAGAAAGGGCGAAAAAGUCACAGAAAAAGUUGCAGGCUCUUCAGAACCAGGUGACGAGUCAGACCCAGCAGCUAACUCUAGCAUUUGAGAAUCAGAGCAAGCACAUUGAAGGCCUUUUAAGGGAACUACAACAAAGAGACAAUGCCCUCCAGAGACAAGGAGAGGAACUACAGAGCUGUCUAAAAGAGCUUGCCUCACUCAAGGCAGAUAAGCACAUGACUGAGAUGGUCAACAGCAUGACCUCAAGCACUGAGAAGUCUGAUGAGGUUUCUGCAGAGCCAUCUUGUGAUUUAGCUAUUAGCACUGCUACUUCAAAUACCCAUGAAGUGGCUGAACAAGAAUCUUUUGACACUGUGAAAAACAAACCACUACAGUCUGAUCAGCAGUCAGUUACAAAUGUAGAAGUUGGAGAGGAUCAGCCUGGCAAUGUCUCUGCUGCUUCAGAUAAGACAAAUAUGAGUCAAGUGACCUUAACACAUGACACCAAGGAGCAUGUGACGACAUUAACAUUCUCAGAUGUUCAUGGAAGAGAUUUUGACCAAUAUACUGAGAACACUACUGCAGAGGAACUGCCAGAGCUACUGACUAUUGCUCAGCAAGACAAUGGUCAUGCGAUUGAGACUAAUACAGAGAACGCACAGAGCUCUGUUGUGUCUAGAUUCACAGAAACAAAAGAACUACCAGAAUAUUUACAGAAGCUUCUGGAACAUUCCACAGAUAACACGAGCGCCCUAAAGAUGGUAAUAAACAAAUUGCAUGAAGCACAGAAUGAGCUGUCUGAGUUAAAGGCCAAACAUGACCAACUGACUUUGCAGCUGCAGGAAGUGUCAAGGCAGGAUUUCCUGUCCCUCAAGCAAGAGCAUGAACAGCUGAAAUUAAAAUUGCAGCUAAUUAAUAAUGAACCAUGUUUAUCAGAAACAUAUUUAAAACAGGACGAGUCUAAUUAUUUGACAAACACAGAAGAAGAGAGUGGGUCAGUCGCAGAUCUAGAGGAGAAGGUUGUAACUGGUGGGAGUUUUGAAGACAGCUGGCCAAAAUGUGCAGAUGAACAUGAGGAGAUUGAAAAUGAGACAUGCACCUCAGCACAGGUUCACUCUCUUCAAAAACAGCUGCAGGCCCUGCAGAGUAAGUUUCAGCUCCUUUCAGAGAAGAACAGAGACCAAGCUGAAGAGCUGCUGCUGUGGAGACUGUCUGCCAUGACCCCUGAGGAGACACUGGAUCAGGAAAGCAACAGCAGCCCUAUAGUUGUAGUGCAAGAGGAACAGCUAGUCCUCUCAUGCAGCCCCACUGUGAUACACUCUCACACCAAACAGAGCAGCAUGGUGCAGCAUGGAGGUCGUUCCCAUCCCAUAUGUUAUUCUGAACCUGAUACUGCAGACCACCAAAGAGAUUAUCAGACCUCAUCAGAAAAGAGCUCAGAGGACUUGUCAUCACUUCUUAAGGCAGUGGAACUGAUCGCUUAUGACAACAGUGCGAUAAAUGACACAAAUGAUCACCUAAAAAUGGAGACCAAAACCAUGAAUGGCAAGAGUACAUCUCCAGACUUGUCCUCUGAAAUGGAAAACUCUGAUCACAGCCAUGAUUUAGCUCAUCAGAUCAAACAAACGGGACCGAGUGAGGAACCUGGAAACCAGCCAUGUGAAAUAACUUUCAGGCCAGAAAGCAGAGAGGAUGGUUUAGCAGAACAUGGAAUAAAGACCAAAGUUAUAGAUCCGGAGCUUGAUACAGAAUCAACAGACAGGAAGGAUUCUUAUAUGUCUAGUCUGAGGCAUGAUGAGGUAGUGACUGCAACACAAAGUGGUAAAGCUCAUAGAAACACGACAAAGCAAGAAAAUGAACACUCUCUGGCUCCAGACAGUCAGACUACUAACUCUGUUAUAAGAGGGGAUAAUGCUGUAGACCAGCAACAGAUAUCAGAGAUCACUGGGGUCACCAGCAGUAUAGAUGAAUUGGGUACAAAAGAAGUGAAGAGUGUGUGCACUCAGACAGAAGAGUGUAACAGAGAGGAAGUGGAGAACUUUGGAAGCCCCCAGCAGAGACCAGUUGUCCUCCAUGCCAGCACCCAAACCCAUGGUGAACAGAGUGAGGAAGAGGAGGAACAGAAUGACGAGUGCACUGCAUCGCCUUCCCUCUCUCCUACCCCUGCAUCAGAGACAGAAAGGCUCCUGUUUUCAGGCUCAUUCCCAAUCCCAGCCAAUCCAGCUCACCUGGCUGAGCGAAUUAGGCGCAGCCGUAGCCGCAUGUCUGCAGCAUAUGAUGACACAGAGUAUGAACCUUAUGGCCUGCCUGAGGUCGUCAUGAAAGGUUUUGCUGAUAUUCCCAGUGGUCCUGCUUGUCCGUAUGUCUUGCGCAGGGGGCUUCUGGGAACAGAUGCUUUACCCAUCUCACUCAGAGAGCCCCCACUCACAGAGACUGAGGAAGAAAUUGACCCAUAGCAAUUUCAUACAGUGUGCUCCAGGUUUGCAGGGAAGAUUUAAAGCUGCCUGGUUCAUCUUGACUACAAGUGGCCUCUACUCUAUAAAGGGAACUUUCAUAGUUAUUUUUGCUGAUUUCAGCCUUCUGGAGCACAGUGAUGUUCUCACAGAUUGUGUUUAUCUCACUGGCCACUGAAAGGCAGUUCCUCUGAAGCAGAUAUGUUUACAUUGUCUUGUGAUGCAUGCUAGCUUUCAUUUUGAAACACUUGAACUUUGUGAAUAUCCUUGUUCACUUUUUUUUUCUGUGGAUUUUUUCUUUUUGCACUGCCAUAGAUUACUGAUUGUUGUGAAUGUGGUACGUUAAAGGCUUGAGGAGCGUGUGUGUGAAAGCAAGUGUAUGACUCAGCCCAAUCUGAGCCUGUUUCCGCUCCAUGUAUGGUGAUCUGUGAAGUGUGUGCACACUCACUAUGCAGUGCUUGGUUGAUCUUAGUUCAACUAGAGAUUUGUACAAUUCCUUUCGUAUAAGAAAGGCUUAGAAUUGUAAUUUUCUUAAUGAGAUUAAUAUAUUUAAGUGAUUCUCUUCAGUUUUUGUAAUAUACAUUUUUGUGUGUUUUUAUAUGUCAAGUAAACAAGGAGCAUUUGGAAUGCUGAGUGCUCAUAUUGAUAUUAAGUUUAGUUUAGUUUACUUGGGACAUUUGGAAUAUGACGACUUUCUAAUGUGUACACUUUAUGCUUGAAGGACUUGGUACUUGUUUUGAGUUGGGGUUUCUCCCCCUCCAGUGAUUUGAGUUUUUUGGUAUAUUAAAGUUUGAAAUGUGGCUUUAAAAGUGCAA